GUAAGGGCUGUGUCAAUUCGUCAAAUGUAAGGUUUCAUAUUCAAAUCUUAUGUAAAAAAAUUCACAAUUGGGAAAUAUUUACCCUUUAGUGUAUUAACCCUGCUUGAAUCAGGAUUAGUCGGGUUCCAUUCGAUUUCUUGAUACCAGGCAGUGCAGAUAAAAUAUUAUUGUGUAUUUGGAUUGUUAAGAGAACUGGGACAGUAAUACCAAAGGGAUGCUUCAAUUGGAAUGUGCCUAGAUAUCUUCUAUAUUACAAUCCCUAAAUUAUCAUUUGAUAUAUAAUACAAUUAUUGUAAAUCUUAUAAUACAAUUAUCAUUUGGCUUUUAUUAACGGCCAAUAGCGUCCACCUCGCCCAUCACAAGUUCUUUUAGUGAGAACUUUUCUAAUAUUUAUUCUCGCAACGUUUACUGUAUAUCUUAUUUCUUGUUACUGUCCCAGCAUGAUCCUCACUUACAAUACCAAGGACCGAGACGGGAGCACCACCUACGGUGGCUACUCGGACAUCAUGGUGACGGAUGAGCACUAUGCGGUGGCAAUACCCGACAAUCUGCCGCUGGAUGGGGCAGCUCCUCUCUUGUGUGCCGGGAUCACUGUCUACAGUCCCCUGAAGAACUAUGGGCUCAAUAGGCCGGGGCUCCACGUCGGUGUGGUCGGACUUGGUGGCCUGGGCCAUGUGGCCGUCAAGUUUGCCAAGGCCAUGGGCCUUAAGGUGACUGUUAUUAGCACCUCCCCCAGCAAGAAGGAGGAGGCCAUCGACCGGCCGGGAGCCGACUUGUUUCUGGUCAGUAGUGAUCCAGAACAGAUGCAGUCGGCUAUGGGCACGUUGGACAUUAUCAUUGACACUGUUUCAGCCGCUCAUGCUCUCCUCCCUCUGGUUGAACUGUUGAGAUCUAGUGGGAAGCUUAUCAUGGUCGGCGCACCACAGAGGCCACUCGAGCUACUGAUCAUGCCACCCAAGAAGCCCCGAAAUCUGGGCAACCCGAACGGCAUGCUGGCGAUGGUUCUUUGUUAUUUUCUGCUCAAAUUGAUUAGGAUUCACCUCCUUUGACCAGAUUUAGGAUCCCUUAAUAUUUUCUUCUCUCGUAAACAUGAUUAACAACAAAUAUAAAUUUUGUAAUCUCCCAAUUUCUCUCAAUGGAUUUUCUCCUAUUUUGUACCGUGGACGUUUUCUGCUUCGGAAUUUACCACGUAAAAUCUUGCUGAUGCAUCUGGCUGGUCUGCUGACAAACGCUUCUAUACUAAUAUUUCAUAUUAAAUCGUUACCGAAAAAA